CUCUGUCCAACACCGUGUGCAAUUCUGUUGGAAAAUUGGAAAAAGGCGGAAAAAAAUCCUCCUCUUUUUCCUUUUCCCUUUUCCUUUUCCUCUGUUUCUCCUCGUCCUGCUCUUGCAGUUCCGCUCCUCGGAUCUUCCACCCACGACCACGAGUUGGGAGAAAUUCCGAGCCCACGAGGCAAGAACCACCCCUGACCUAGCCAUGACCUCCGGUCCAAAGAGCUCGUGCCACCCGCCCCGCGUCGCUGUUAGUUUGCUCCUCUGAUGCCGAGCAUGGACAGCAUGGCCAACGGCGGCGUCGAGUCGUCCGCCGAGUCUCCGGCGCCGGCGCCGGAGGAGGAGGAUGAGGUUGUUAUGAAGAGCUCUCCUGCGGCGGCGACCAAGGGCCGCGGGCUCCGUCGGUGGCGCCGUAUCCGGCGGGACCAGCUCGGGGAAGGUUACGCCGCCGGUGGUUCCGCCCACGGAGAUGAGGACUCGGAGCAGCUCCACAAGCGUCGUCUCCCCCUUGCCGCCGACGCAUUGAAGGGAAAGCACGAACCGGCGCUCGUCGAGGAGGAGAGCUCCACCGCCUCCGUCAAGUCUCGCUUCGUCCUGCCGGCGCCGCCAGCGAAGCUGGACCCGGCCCUUGGCCUCCUGAUCGCGUCCGCUGGGUUCUCGGUCGGCGCCGACUCCGACAACAGCGAAGACCGGAGCAGCAGGUCCUCCACCGUGGCGAGCGCCCCGCGCGUGUUCCCACGCCACGGCCACGACGCCUUGCUCUUCCCAAGGGACCGAGACAGGCCACGCUCCCGCGCCGCUGGCGCCUCCCUGCAUGGUAAAAACCCCCGCGGCGCACGCUCCCGCGCUGAUAAGGCGAGGGUUUACACCGCCGCCGCUUCCACCGAAGCCGAGAACUCGCGUUCCAGUGUGGAGUCUGACCUCCGCAGCUCCAACGCCUUGAAAGCCCGGCAACUGGGUGUCGGUGUUACCGACAAUGGCGUUCACAAGGUCCUUUCUCAUUACUGUGACCAUAGUGAUGCGGGGCAGCCAAGCGAGGAGGCGCGAUCGGCGGCCGGAGGUUACUACAAAGUGAAUGGCAGUAGUGUGGUGGGGAGAUUGGUCCGGAGAAGUGCUGAUUCUGGUGAUGAUGUGGAGGACACAUUUGAUGAGGGGAGUGUUGGGAAGGGACAUAAUGGAGGGAUGCAUUCGGGUGCUGAUCCUUACGCCGAAUCGAUUUUGUUACUUCAGAGAACACAGGAAGCACUUGAGAAUGAAAUAGAAAAAAUUGUGGUGAUCGGGAAAGAGAAAAGUGAUGAUUUUGAUGUCCAUGACGAUGAAUGGAGCGGCUCGGUCCAUCUCGAGGAACCUAUUGAAGAAGUAAGUGAACGGAUAAAGCAUCUUGAGUCUAGGGUGGAAGAGGCGUCAGCAUUGAUCAAGGAGAAGGAUCCAAUUAUACUUGAACUCAAAGCUCUCGGUCAGAUGCAAUCAGGGAAAACUGCAAUAGAUAGUACCAACCUGCUGUUGUCGCAGUCUGAUCUUGUUCGAUUGUACCAGGAGAAGAUGGAAGCAGAAAUCCAGUGCAUCAUCCUGACAAGAGCUUAUCAAACCUGGGCAACUCUGGCUGAGGAUCAAAUGGCCCUAUACGAAGCGCAGAAGUCUCUAUCUCAAGACUACAAGCAGCUCGGACUUAAACUACGACACGCUGAGAACAGAGCAGUGAUGUUAGAAGAGAUGGCAGAGAAGCUACGGGUGCAGUGCAAAGAACUGUCCAGGAGUUCAGAAGUCCUGCAGCUGCAAUCUAAAGCAAGUAGGGUUUCGCUCUUUUGUUUCGUUCAGUUUAUACUGUUGUGUAUUGCUAUAGGAACCUACCUUGUGCGCCGCUUGCCCUCUUCUACUGAUGUUGUACCUACUUGAGCUUAUAGGUGAAACCCUUAUGUAAACGUGUUUCCGAAAGUUCUCUUGUAAUUUAUCGUGUUUGGGCAUGGCUUGCCCCAUAAAGUUUUCUUUUUGUAACAAGUCAUCUUUCAGAUGACGCCUUAAAUAUUCUUGGUUCCUCGUA